CCGUGGCAAGAUCCAUCAGUGAAACGACGUGAUUCAGCUGUACUGAUCUGUUCCUUCCUAGCUGCUCCUCCCGAUCCUGUAGACAACAAGGAAGGAGGCAGGGAGGGAUCCGGAACAUUCUCUCCCUCAUCCUCCUCUUGCAGAGCCAGAGCUUACAGCAGUCUGUAUGCACAACGUACUAUGAAAAAGGUAUGCUUAGGUCCAAAGCUCUCCAUAAAAGUCAUUUAGCUUUGUGAGCACUGUAGAGAGGCUGGCAUUUCUGGGAAAAGCUACAUAGAGCUUUCGAAGGCAGACAGGUUCAAGCUUCAACCACUUGGAAU